AUGUUAGUGAAGAGUUUACAUAUAUAUAAAAAUGUUUUUUUUUCUCUGAGGGCGAUUUUUUGGGCGAUUCCAUUAACUGUCCUUUUUGUCUUCGAGAGAGCGUCUUUCCGACCGUUGUCUUCCGUUUUCUCCGGGUCAAACACGGCGGUUUCCGUCCGUUGGGCAUACACAAGACAGGAGGAGUCCCCAGGAUCGCUCAAGCGUAAGCGUCGAUGUGUUGAUCCAGGAUUGCAGAAUCUUCCUUUCGAUGAUGCUUAUGGGAUGGCCCUGAGUCCCAUAAGAAGGUUUGAGCCCGGUUUUGACGUGAGGACCGGUUAUGAGGAGUCCCAAGACUCUUGCUCUGCUUAUCACACCAUAAACGGAGGCGCGGUGUAA